AUGUUUCGUCCCGCUAUCCGAACUAGUAUUUUAAUACUAAAGCGUGAUUUAACGUCAAGUUUACAAUACAUUCAAAAGCCUAAUUCAUUGAUAUUCAUCAAAUCAACCUCGGCUCGAUUAAUUUCCACAACAGAUUCAUCAAAGUCCACUGUAACGAUUAAUAGGAACACCACUAAUACAGCUAAUAGUUCCGCCACCUUCAUUCAACACAAUCUCAACAAUGAAGAACUUUUAAGGGAUAUUCCUUCGCCGUUAUUACGAAUUCCACAUCCUAAGCCGAUUCGUAAUGAAAUUAUCGACGCGAAAACACCAUUGACUACCAAAGAUUUGGAAAGCAUUGAUAUAAAAAUAAAUUUACAUCGAGUGCCGGUUACAAUUCCGGAUAAAAUUGCAUUUAAUAUAGUUAAAAUGCUACGAAUUCCAACUGACUUGUUCUUCAAAAAAAAGUAUAUUCAUCGAAGUGUUAUGCUGGAAACGGUUGCCGCUGUUCCUGGAAUGGUUGCUGCGACUGUAAGGCAUCUUCGAUCUCUUCGGAAGAUGCAACAUGACGGUGGUUGGAUUGAACAUUUACUUCACGAAGCAGAAAAUGAACGCAUGCAUUUAUUGACAUGGAUGCGAUUUUCACAGCCAAAUAUUUGGGAACGAGCUUUAGUUGUUGUGGUGCAAGGAAUUUGGUAUAAUGUCUUUUUCGCUUUAUAUUUGAUUUCGCCAAGAGUUGCACACCGUAUUGCGGGUUAUCUUGAAGAAGAAGCGAUUAUUAGUUAUACUACUUUCUUGAAUGAAAUCGAUAAUGGCAAUAUUUCAAAUAUCAAAGAAGUCCCUGACAUUGCUAUCGAUUACUGGAACCUCGACAGAGAGACCGCCACGUUACGCGAUGUAGUUAUGGCUAUCAGAGCUGAUGAGGCGGCCCAUAGGGAUUCAAAUCACCACUUUUCAGAUCGAAUCAUUUUGAAAAAAGAAGACCUGAGAGAAGAUAUUCGACGAAUUUUCGCAGAAGCUAAAAGUCAUACGGCUAGAAAAAUUGCUGGUUUAAAUGAAUCCGCAGCUGAUAAAUGGGAGCGGAAGCUUGAUUAA